CACACACACACACACACACACAGAGGGUGCGUGUUUUACUAGCUAUAUUUGCUGGAAUGGCAAAAACACAAGGUGAUGAUGCCUCAGAACCCCUGAAAUAUCAGACAUGGGCCUUGAAAGUCUCCAUCCACUGCGAAGGCUGCAGGAAGAAAGUUAAGAAAAUCCUUCAGAGCAUCGAUGGUGUUUAUACGACAGAGAUCGAUUCUCAGCAACAAAAGGUUAUAGUAACAGGAAACGUGAACGCAGAGACUUUGAUCAAGAAGCUGGUGCAAAAAGGGAAGCACGCCGAGCUUUGGCCGCAAAAUUCUGCCAAUCAGGAGAAAAAGUCCGGCAAGUCAAAGAAGAAGAAGAAACAAAACGACUCCAAAAGUAGCGGAAACACAAGUGAUGCUGAGAACAAUUUAGCGGACAAAACAGAACACUCUGCUAAAGAUAGUGCCAGUGGAAAAGCAACCGAGAGUGGGCAGGCUGAGAAGAAGCCGGAGAACACUCAAGAUGGCGGUGAUCAGUCGCCGGCGGAGGAGGAAGAGGGUGGUGAAAAUGAGGAGGCUGCUCCGGCAGGCGGUAAUGGCGGCGGCGGCGGCAAUGGAGGUAAAAAGAAGAAAAAGAAGGGGAAAAAGAGUAAUACAACCAACGGUGAGGGUGCAAACGGAGGCGAUGCACCGGCGGGCACCGGAUCUCCUAUGGUUACUGGGGAGCUUGACCCACGUACUGGGCCGAUGAAUCUCAGCCGUCCACUUCCGCAGGAAUACCCAUAUCCACCAUCCUUUUAUCCACCACCAGUAUAUGGGUUAAGCUACAAUGCUUCGUAUCCAAGUACUAGCUCUUCCUAUUAUAUGCCACCACGGUAUGCUUAUACUCAUGACCCACGACCCUAUAGUUACCCACCACCACCUCCACCGUCUGAUCCGAUUGGGACAUAUAACGAUGAUCAUGAAUAUGAUGAUGAUGAAGGUGGGUGCUUUAUCAUGUGAAGACAAAAAUGGGUUAUGUGCUUUGAGGUAUAAGUAGAAAAGAAACUAUGGUAUGUAUAAAAUUAGGUAUUAAGUGGGAGGAGGGGAGGUAAUUAUAUAGGGGGGAAAUCGAAGAGGUUGUUUUGGGGGGUCUUAUGUUGUUUGUUUUUAUCAAGAAUUGCUUACUAUUUUGGGUUUGCUUAACCAUAUAACCUUGUAAUGCUUGGUUGUUUGUAUGACAUGUAAAUCUGCC